AUGUCAUCGACUGCAUCAGAUCCAACUCAGAAGACAUUAUUAGAUGUAGUAACUAAUUCAAUCUCUCAAUUGCAACGGAAACAAAUUUUCAACAAAGAUCGUCUCCAAAGCAUCCGUCGAUUUAUUUGUCAAUCAAUUGGUUUAACAAUCCUUCUAUAUUUCAUCUUUCGAAUACCGAUUCUGUUAUAUGCAUUACUCAAAGUUCUGUUUCAAUCUCUCGUCUAUCUAUUGACGAUUAUCUUUUGGCCUUACGUUAAAUUGCUCGAAUUCUUCUUGCCAAAAACAACAAACUACGGAAUACUCUUUCCGCUAUUCUUAGUUAUUUCCAUCCUCUCGUUUUUAACUGCAAAACUUUCGUCGAGAAAAGGUUACAAAAACUCGCCAUUUUCAGUCGUAUUUGUUGUACUUAUUAUCGCACAAUCUGUAUUUGUUCUUCGUCCAAUUGCGCUUUCAAUUGACGAACAACGGAAAUUGCCUUUGAGCCCGUCGAUUAAUAAAGAAACAAUCACAAGAUUGUCUGCGAAAACAGAUGAACAUACUGCAACAGUUGAUCAGAACAACUCGAUUCAGAUGUCUUCCGCGAGAAUAAUUGCAGAUUCUGAUAUGAACGGUAAACAUUCAAAUUCUAUUCGUGAGCAUAAAACUCAGCCGAGACUCGUAGAUGAGACAUUGUCAGCUGACGUCCUUUCGGAAAACGAGAAAUUUUAUCUUCACAACAAGCAAAUCAUUCGCCACAAAGCGCUUUCAAACGAUUCAAUCGACAGAUCAAACGAUCAGACGACAAAUUAA